ACCGCCGAUAGAACUGCAUCAGGUGACUUGGCACGGUCGGAUCCAUCUCACCACCAUCAGUCACAUCAUCGCCCCGAGCUAGAAUCCUGCUCUUUUUCUCCAAGCAAUGGAAGAAGACCACUCUCCAAAGUCUCCGCCGCGACGGCGCAGACCACCCCUAUCUUGCACCAUUUGCAGGCGUCGCAAGCUAAAAUGCGAUCGCUCCCUGCCAUGCGGACAAUGCGUCAAGUCCAAAACGCCAGAUCAAUGCAUCUACGUUGGCCCUCAGGCGCCGGUGUCGGGAAGUGCUUCCCGCACCCCGCCAGAACGCGUGCGUGUCUCCAGCAGUCGAGCCAGCCCGGCGCACGGUGGCCUCUAUGUCUUUGAUUCCAAGCACCAGUCCGCAAACAGGGUGACCAAGCCGAAAGCGCGAUCGGACGAGUUGCACGAGCUGCGUAAUCGCAUCCAGUUCCUGGAAAGCGCGCUCUCCAAAACUGGGUCUAUGCACACCCCAGAAAGUUUGGGUGGUGACUCGGUAGACAUCGGGCAUCGUUUGGGUCCGGAGUCGCAAAAUCUCAUUGACAAUGUGAAAGAUCUCCCCGAUCGGUGUUGUUUUCGGGGGAAGAAAAUCCGCACGCGAUUCGUUGGACGGAGUCAUUCGUCUGUCUCUAUCUCUUUUGUAAGUUUUGAAGAUGUUGGCAAGUUCAUGCGGGGCCGCCGCAGUACGCUGAAGAGAAUCCCCAAUUACAAGAAGUUCAAGGACUUCAAGGGGGAGAUAUGGGCUCGAGAGCGACAGGAGCACCAGCGCGCCUAUCAACAAAAGUCUCCCUCGCUGGAGGAGAUGGUUCCGCCUCGACAAGUUGCUGAUGAACUACUCAAAUUGUAUCUGACCACGUUUGAGACGACACAUCGUAUCUUGCAUAUCCCGACAUUCCUGGAGCAGUACGAAAACUUCUGGGCGGGAGCACAGCCUAAGGAACCGUCUUUUGUGGCAAAGCUGCUGGCAUUGAUGGCAGCCAGUUGCUGUUUUUUGAACCCGAACACUAAGAUUAAUGGGGAGAGCAGAGUGUAUCAGACAGCCGCUGAAUGGAUUGCCGGUGUUCGGUCGUGGAUUGCGCUCACGCUGGUCAGCUCAACCAUCGAUUUCAACAUUUUGCAAAUUGAAUGUCUUUUGAUGAUUGCACGGCAGGCUGAUGCGAUUGACGGGGACAUUGUGUGGAUCUCCUCUGGCUCGCUCAUACGGACUGCCAUGACCAUGGGGCUGCAUCGGGAUCCUCAUCGAUUUGGCAAGAUGACCAAAUUCUGGGCCGAGAUGCGCCGGCGGCUAUGGGCAACCAUUUUGGAGCUCGACUUACAGUCGUCCUUGGAUGGCGGAAUGCCACCCACGAUCGACCUGGACGAAUACGAUUGCGAGCCGCCCUCUAACUUGGACGAUUCCCAGCUGACGGAAAAUAUGGUCGAUGAUCCCGUCCCGAAAGAUAUAGGGGUAUACACACAAAGCACUUUUCAGGUUUUGCUCCUGCAGUCGCUACCCCUGCGACUCCGCAUCGCCAAGGCCAUUAACAGUCUGAAACUUACGAUAUCAUAUGACGAAGCCUUGCGGCUGAGCGAAGAGCUGAUCCAAUUCAUGCACUUUGGCUUGGAAAUCUUCCAGAAGGCCGGACCGACCCCUUCGGGAACCGCCCCGUCAUUCGCGCAGUCAAUGUUGGUGUUUUUGUUGCGGCGAUCGAUUCUCGUUCUGAAUCGGCCUUUUGCGCUGAGUAUUAUCCGGUCGCCGAAAUUCUCUUAUUCGCGAAAGAUCUGUCUCGAGUCCGCACUGGAGAUCCUCUCUCACCACGAGCCCCCGGCGAGCUCGCAGGUAUGCCCGCAUCUGGGGCAACUGAGCGGGGGAAUGUUCCGCGAUGAGUUUUUGCACGCUGCUCUGACGGUAUGUGUUGAACUGUACCUGCAGGCGGGCGAGUUCAACACGCAGAACACAUCGACAAUACAGUCCAGCGCACUCACAUCAUUGAAUGAUCUGGUACGGUCGCAGCAGGAGGUGAUGAUCGGAGCAGUCGAGCGGACAGUUGAAACAUUCGGCAGCCGGAUCACACCAAACGGCAAGGGAGGGAAGGCCUUCUUUCUGCCGACGCUCGUUUUGUCAUCGGUGAGGGCGAGACUGCGAGGAGAAGAUCCGCAGAAGGCGAUAGAGCGGGACGCGAUGCAAUGUAUGCAGAUGUGCGAGCAGAUGUUGCAGGGAGCAAGUUGGGAGACGGUCCGAGCCAAGGCCACAUCGACACCGAUUUCUACACCAUCGUUGAGUCUGGCAACGCCAGAAAUGCAAUUCGACCCUGCAUCCUAUGGGCUGGAUACAUCUGAAUUCGGGACACUAUUCGACCUCAACGACUUUGCGAUCCCAGAUAUGUGGGACCAGGACUUUUUGGCGCUGUUGUAGACAAGGGUUGGUAGUACCGAGGCGUUGGAAUGGCGAAUUAUUGCGAUCAAGAAUAAAAGAUUCAUGUGAAGCCGACAGGCUAUGAUGUACGAUAUGACUGCCGAUCAUUACAUAGAUUUAGUAUAUAAUCUUCUCCCAUCUCCACAGCAAGAGCAUCUCCUAACCAAGCACCUCACUCAUGUCAUCCCUUCUCACAAUUCUCGGCCUCUCAGCCCCAGCAGGCCACGGCCUCCCCAACCGCGCCAUCCCCUACCUCCUCUUCAACUGGUUCUACGCCUACGGCAUCCUCAGCACGCGGCCC